UAUUUCCCAUUGUCUUGGUAUUUUUCUUACAAUAAAAUUUCAGCAACAUGACUCUCUUCUGGAUCCUGUCCUGCCUUGCUCUUUUGGGCAGCACCUAUGGUUGUGGUGUCCCUGCUAUUAAGCCAGUGAUUUCUGGAUAUGCCAGGAUUGUAAAUGGUGAGAAUGCAGUUUCUGGAUCCUGGCCAUGGCAAGUGUCUCUGCAGCAAUCCAAUGGAUUCCAUUUCUGUGGUGGUUCACUGAUUAAUUCAUUGUGGGUUGUGACUGCCGCUCACUGCAGUGUAACAACUGCCCACCGUGUCAUUCUGGGUGAAUAUGAUCAGUCUUCUUCUGCUGAAGCCAUCCAGACCAAGACUAUUUCCAAGGUUUUAAGACACCCCACCUACAACUCUUUGACCAUAACCAAUGACAUCACUCUGGUGAAACUGUCCAGUGCUGCUACUUUAAACAAUCGUGUUUCUCCAGUGUGUAUUGCUGCAAGUGCUGAUGCUUUCAAUGGUGGAGAGAGAUGUGUCACCACUGGAUGGGGAUAUAUUGAUGCUGCAUCACGUGUUACUCCAACCAAACUGCAACAGGUGGCUCUGCCUCUUCUAAACAACAGUGACUGCCAGAGAUACUGGGGAAGCAAAAUCCUGAGCACCAUGGUUUGUGCUGGAGCUUCUGGAGCCUCCUCCUGCAUGGGUGACUCUGGUGGACCUCUUGUAUGCCAAAGAAAUGGAGCUUGGACUCUGGCUGGAAUUGUGUCCUGGGGAAGUUCCACCUGCUCCACAUCAUCCCCUGGAGUUUACGCUCGUGUCACAGUUCUCAGAUCCUGGAUUGAUCAGACUGUUGCUGCUAAUUAAAUAUUGAUAUACAUGUGUGUCUGAACUCCCAAUAAAAGGUUAAUGCACAA